AUGACUGAUUACAAGAAGGGUGGCCGGUAUGGUAAGGGUUUAUUUAUUAAGAGUGAAGAAUGUACUAAUGAUCAUUUAAAUACCUUUAACCAAGAAGCUGUUUAUGAUGCUGAAGAGGCAGAGGAGUAUGUGCAAGGGGAUGAUGGCCCUUUGUUAGUCACAAGAAGGGCAUGUUUCACACCUUGCAAAUCUGAAGGUGAGGAUUGGCUCCGAAGCAAUAUCUUUCAAACUACAUAUACUAUGGGGGGCAAGGUAUGUAGACUUGUUAUUGAUUCUGGAAGCUGUGAGAAUGUAAUAUCAGAGGAGGUUGUUCAAAAAUUGGGAUUAGCAACAGAGAAGCACCCUAACUCUUACAAACUAUCUUGGCUUAAAAAGGGCAAUGAGGUAACUGUAUCUAAACGUUGCUUGGUUUCUUUUUCUAUUGGGUUGAAAUAUAAGGAUAAUUCAUGGUGUGAUGUGGUAGUUAUGGAUGCAUGUCAUCUUCUCCUCGGUAGACCAUGGCAAUAUGAUAGAGAGGUUCAACAUGAUGGUAGGAAGAAUACAUAUAGUUUCAUGUUUGGUAGCACAAAAAUUGUGUUGUUGCCUUGUAAGGAGGUUGAACCUAAGCCAACUUCAGGAGGGGGUAAGAAUCUCUUAGCUAAAAGGGCAUUUGUUGAAGAGAUGUUUGAUUCAGGGUUGGUGAUUGUAUUGUUGGGAAAGGAGAGCUCAAAGGGUAGUGUAGUACCAGAGGCUGUAAAAUCUUUAUUAGAUGAAUUUGCAAAUGUAUUUCCUAAUGAUCUACCUGAGGGGUUACUGCCACUCCAAGAUAUACAACACCAAAUUGAUCUUGUACCAGGUUCUAAUCUACCUAAUCGCCCACACUACCGCAUGAGCCCAAAAGAGCAUGAAGAACUUAGAAGACAAGUGGAGGGUUUGUUGUUAAAAGGGCACAUUAGAGAGAGUCUUAGUCCUUGUGCCAUGCCAGCCUUACUAACACCCAAAAAGGAUGGAUCAUGGCGAAUGUGCGUCGACAGUCGUGCCAUCAACAAAAUUACGGUCCGGUAUAGAUUCCCUAUUCCUCGAUUGGAUGAUUUGCUUGAUCAGUUGAGUGGUGCUACAGUGUUUUCUAAGUUGGAUCUAAAAAAUAGUGUUUUAUUUCUUGGUUAUGUGGUGUCCAAGGAUGGACUAUCAGUUGAUGAAUCAAAGGUUACUGCUGUUAAACAAUGGCCAAUACCAACCACAGUCCACGAGGUCUGCAAUUUCCAUGGGUUGGUGUCAUUCUAUCGGCGGUUUAUCCCUGACUUUAGCACCAUCAUGGCACCGAUUACAGAUUGCAUGAAGAUUGGAAUUGGAGUAGUUCUUAGUCAAAAUGGCAAACCAGUGGCCUACUUUAGUGAGAAGUUGAGUGGGUCAAAAUUGAAUUACAACACUUAUGAUUUGGAAUUUUAUGCAAUAAUUUGUGCUUUGAAGCAUUGGAGUUCUUAUUUGGCCUAUCGUGAGUUUGUCCUCUAUUCUGAUCAUGAUGCUUUGAAGCAUAUCAAUAGCCAAGACAAGCUCUCAUCUCGACAUGCAGUUUGGGCUGCUUAUAUUCAACAAUUUUCUUUUGUCAUCAAGCAUGAAUCCGGAGCGUUGAAUAGGGUGGCAGAUGCUCUUAGUUGA